UCGCUGAACGUGUCUUGUCGCAACAAAAAGUAAAAAAAUAAAAACAGUGUCAAAAACUUUUAAGUGUUAAAAUGAUUAAAACCGAGGAAGAAGUGAUGGUAUCUUCAGUUCCGCAUCGAAUUUCAUUUUCAAUUAGUUCGAUUUUGGAAGGAAAUCACAAAGUUGGUAGAUCAACCCCGGAAAUUGACGAAGAAGAUUCUUUGGAUGUUACGAGCACAACACCUCCACCACCAAAAACUCCAUCAAGUGGAGGUUCAAGUAAGUCCGAAGAUGAAGAAAUUGUUGAUGAGGAGAAAAAAAAGAAAGAAAAACCUCCUUAUAGCUACAACGCUUUAAUUAUGUUAGCAAUAAGAGAUAGUCCCGGAGGUAGAUUAACAUUAAACGGAAUUUAUGAGUACAUCAUGAAUAAUUUUCCUUAUUAUCGCGAUAAUAAGCAAGGUUGGCAAAACUCAAUUCGCCACAAUUUAAGUUUAAAUAAAUGUUUCGUAAAAGUACCAAGAAAUUACGAUGAUCCCGGAAAAGGAAAUUAUUGGAUGUUAGACGCAAGCGCCGAUGACAUCGUAAUCGGGGGAUCAACCGGAAAACUGCGAAGAAGAUCUACGGCGGUUUCCAGAUCAAGAUUAGCCGCUUUUAAAAGAUCAAUGAGUUUAGGACAAUUCCAAUCAAAUUUACCAUAUCCUCCAACUCAUUUAAUUAAUUUUUAUCAAAACCCAUUUUUGGCUGCUUCAUUAUAUCACCGAUAUUACCCCGGAAACAUCCCAAAACCAACUCCAAUUGGUCCAAUUGGAUCAACUUCAAUUGGAACGCCACAAUCAACACCAUCUUCCGUUUACGAACAACAACUUUAUUUUCAACGAAUGGACUAUUUAAGAUUUGCAUCGAAUCAAAUGUUAUCGUCAUCACUACAUCAUCAACAUCACCAUCAAAGCUCCGUUCAAUUAUCACCGACUAGCACGACUUCAAGCGCUUCUUCGCCCGAAAGAACUGUUAGUCCGGAAGCGUUUAGGCCAAUUAGAAUCGUCGCUCAAAGGCAGAGUUAAUUUAGAAAAUCAAUUUUAAAUGCUUAGUGUAAUAAAGAUGAUCUCAAAAUGUUAUCAAAUAAUACGUUGAGCGUAAUGUACCAAAAAUAAUAAACAAUGUAAUUUUAUUUAUUUUAUAAUUAGGAUGUAUAUUUUGUAAAGUUUUGUAAAUAGAUAAGGUUAUAACUUUGUAAAUAAUAAUCUAAAAUAAUGCAGAAAGAAAUGAUGAUUUUAUGUUGAUACUGAAUUAAAAGUUGAUUAAAAUUA